GUCAUUAAAAAAAAAUCAAAGCAGGCGACGCGAGUGCGGACUAAUUUAUUGCAUCUGUUAUUCGUGACGUGGCCUUUCGCCGGACGAACCGAUAGCUCAAGAUUCGUAAAUUAAGCUACCAACGAUCAUGAAGUACUUUUUGCUGGUGGGCCUGCUGCUCCUAGCAGGCGUCAAUCAGAUAGCCGCCGAUGAGGAGGAGGCCGCAACGGAGACCAUCGACCUGGAUCUGGGCUCCUUCAAGGAGGGCUCCCGCACCGAUGCCGAGACCCUGAAGCGCGAGGAGGAGGCCAUCCAGCUGGACGGUCUGAACGUGGCGCAGCUGAAGGAAAUUCGCGAGAAGGCGGAGAAGUUCACUUUCCAAACGGAGGUGAACCGCAUGAUGAAGCUGAUCAUCAACUCGCUGUACCGCAACAAGGAGAUCUUCCUGCGUGAAUUAAUCUCCAACGCCUCCGAUGCCAUCGACAAGAUCCGCCUACUGGCGCUGUCCAACAGCAAGGAGCUGGAGACCAAUCCGGAGCUGCACAUCCGCAUCAAGGCCGAUAAGGAGAACAAGGCGUUGCACAUCAUGGACUCGGGCAUCGGCAUGACCCACCAGGAUCUGAUCAAUAACCUGGGCACAAUUGCCAAGUCCGGCACUGCCGAUUUUCUGGCCAAGAUGCAAGAUCCCAGCAAGUCGGAGGGACUCGAUAUGAACGACAUGAUUGGACAGUUCGGUGUGGGCUUCUACUCCGCUUUCCUGGUCGCUGAUCGUGUGGUGGUGACCACCAAGCACAACGACGACAAGCAGUACAUCUGGGAGUCGGACGCCAACAGCUUCAGCAUCACCGAGGAUCCCCGUGGCGAUACUCUGAAGCGAGGAUCCGUCAUCUCGCUGUACCUGAAGGAAGAAGCCCAGGACUUCCUGGAGGAGGACACUGUGCGCGAGCUCAUCCGCAAGUACUCGCAGUUCAUCAACUUCCCCAUCCGCAUGUGGUCCAGCAAGACCGUCGAGGAGGAGGUGCCCGUGGAGGAGGAGGCCAAGCCCAAGAAGUCCGAGGAUGACGUGGAGGAUGAGGACGCCAAGGUCGAGGAGGCCGACGAUGAGAAGCCCAAGACCAAAAAGGUCUCGAAGACCACCUGGGACUGGACCCUGAUCAACGACAGCAAGCCCAUCUGGACGCGCAAACCCGCCGAAGUGACCGAGGAUGAGUACACUAGCUUCUACAAGAGCCUGACCAAGGACUCCAGCGAGCCCCUGACCCAGACGCACUUCAUCGCCGAGGGCGAGGUGACCUUCAAGAGUUUGCUCUACGUGCCCAAGGUGCAGCCAUCGGAGUCCUUCAAUCGCUACGGCACCAAGUCCGACAACAUCAAGCUGUACGUGCGCCGUGUCUUCAUCACCGACGAGUUCAACGACAUGAUGCCCAACUACUUGAGCUUCAUUCGCGGCGUCGUCGACUCCGAUGAUCUGCCCCUGAACGUUUCCCGCGAAACUCUGCAGCAGCACAAGCUCAUCAAGGUGAUCAAGAAGAAGCUGGUCCGCAAGGUUCUCGAUAUGCUGAAGAAGAUAGACAAGGAGGCGUACGAGAAGUUCUGGAAGGAGUUCUCCACCAACAUCAAAUUGGGCGUGAUGGAGGAUCCCAGCAACCGAUCGCGUCUCGCCAAGCUGCUCCGCUUCCAGACCUCCAACGGCAAGGGCGUCACCUCGCUGGCCGAGUACAAGGAGCGCAUGAAGGCCAAGCAGGAGCACAUCUACUACAUCGCUGGCGCCAACCGCGCUGAGGUCGAGAAGUCGCCGUUCGUCGAGCGUCUGCUGAGCAAGGGAUACGAGGUGCUGUAUCUGGUGGAGGCCGUCGACGAGUACUGCAUCUCCGCGCUGCCCGAGUUCGACGGCAAGAAGUUCCAGAACGUGGCCAAGGAGGGAUUCCAGCUGAACGAGUCCGAGAAGAGCAAGAAGAACUUCGAGUCGCUGAAGAGCACCUUCGAGCCGCUGGUCAAGUGGCUGAACGAUGUGGCACUCAAGGAUCAGAUCUCCAAGGCCCAGGUUUCCGAGCGUCUGAGCAACUCGCCAUGCGCCCUCGUGGCCGGCGUCUUCGGCUGGACCGGCAACAUGGAGCGUCUGGCCAUGUCCAACGCCCACCAGAAGUCCGACGAUCCUCAGCGAACCUACUACCUCAACCAGAAGAAAACGCUCGAGAUCAAUCCCAGGCAUCCGCUGAUGCGCGAGCUGCUGCGCCGCGUGGAGGCCGACGAGGCCGAUGACACCGCCAAGGACAUGGCUGUGAUGAUGUUCCGCACCGCCACCCUGCGGUCUGGAUACAUGCUCCAGGAGACUUCGCAGUUCGCCGACAGUAUUGAGCAGAUGAUGCGCCAGACCUUGGGUGUCUCCCAGGACGAGCAGGUGGAGAUCGACGAGGACGAGGAGGAUGACGCCGAGGAGACCGCUACCGGCAGCCAGGAGAGCGGCAACGCCGACGAUGAGGAGGAGGAGCAGCAGCACGACGAGCUGUAAACUACUUCACCUCACCCACUGUCCACAUAGAUUGUACAUAAGAGUGUGAAGUUCAGACUGAGUUUCAAACAGCCACCGGGUGGCCGGGCGGGCGCUCCAUCAACAUUACACGCUAGAUUCUAAGUAAAAUAAUUUCGUAGUCCUUCGCCCACGCCGUCAUCACCGCCAGUCGACCAGAGAGCACUCCACCAUUACAGCCAGCACACUCGGUUGCUCAAGCGUUUUCUUUUUUCGAAAGCAAGUGAAUUAUGUAUUUAUACAAUGUAAUAUGCUUAGUACACAACGGAUUCCAAUCAAAAUAAAUAAAGACAAAUGAACUUAAAACUAAAA